UUACCGCAGUCAUUUCAGUAAGCCUGCUCUCAUCCUGGGAAGCAAGGGAAGAAUUGACGUCCAAAAGAUCCCGCCUAUAGGAUCCGAGCUGUCAGCGGAACCCUGCUUUUUCCUCACUUUAAAUCCAGCUGGCGAGCACAGGUGCUGAAAGAGGGAGAGGCUGGCAAUGCAGAGUGACAACAGCUACCAAAAGUUCUUGCUUUUUGUAAUUCCCUUGUUUUGGACUCCAGCUCAGCAGACCUGGAGCUGAGAAUUUAGCAAGCCUCCACUGAGAAAAUGCCUCCCACUUACUGGUCUUUGAAUUUGACAAAUGGCAUUCCAGAGCUGAGGAACACCUGACAGCAAGACAAGUCAAAAGGCAACUUUCAGGAUUCAAACUAUGCUAGAAGACAUUCUCCUUUCACCUUAUGGAAACAGUAUUGUUGUGCAAGCUGCAGCUGCUUUUUGGUUUGUUUAUUGUCAAGCUCUGUCACAAAGUGAUAUGACUUUUAGACUCUUCUGACUGUAUAAAGCCAGCAAGCAGAAGCAAAAUUAAAGCCAAAAAUUUAUUUGAUGAUUUCCCAAGAAGAAAGCUGUCUUCUGAGAAGAGCAACAUAGGACAAUGGCAUCUGAAGACUGCCUUCUGCUAGACCUAGAAACAGAUAAUUUCAUUCUCUACAACCUUUCUGUCAACCAGAGUGCAAACCUCUCCCUUCUCGGUGAUGAGUGGUUCUACCCAGCGUUCCUCUAUGCCAUCCCCACGAUCUACGGGAUCAUUAUUUUGAUAGGCCUUAUUGGCAAUAUCACUUUGAUUAAGAUCUUCUGUACUGUGAAAUCCAUGAGAAAUGUCCCUAACUUGUUCAUCUCCAGUCUGGCUCUGGGAGACCUGCUGCUGUUAGUGACUUGUGUGCCCGUGGAUGCCAGCAGGUACCUUGCUGACGAGUGGCUGUUUGGCAGAACUGGAUGCAAACUUAUCCCCUUCAUACAGCUCACCUCUGUAGGGGUGUCAGUCUUUACUCUCACUGCUCUCUCAGCUGACAGGUAUAAAGCUAUAGUAAGGCCAAUGGAGAUUCAAGCAUCCCAUGCGCUGAUGAGUAUUUGUGUGAGAGCUGCUAUAAUCUGGAUUGUAUCCAUGUUGCUUGCCAUCCCUGAAGCAGUGUUUUCAGAUCUGCACCCUUUCCAUGAAAAAGGGACUAAUAAAACCUUCAUCAGCUGUGCUCCUUACCCACAUUCAGAUGGGCUGCAUCCCAAAAUUCACUCAAUGGCAUCAUUUCUCAUCUUUUAUAUCAUUCCUCUAUCUGUCAUUUCAGUAUAUUAUUAUUUCAUUGCUAAGAAUUUAAUCCGGAGUGCUUACAACAUCCCUGUGGAAGGCAACGUGCACGUGAGGAAACAGAUUGAAUCCCGUAAACGUCUUGCCAGGACAGUACUGGUCUUUGUGUGCCUCUUUGCUUUCUGCUGGCUCCCUACUCACAUCAUCUAUUUAUACCGGUCAUAUCACUACUCAGAGCAAGAGCUUCCGGAAACAGUUCAACAAGCAGCUGCUCUGCUGCAGAGCUCACCUCCUCAUCCGGUCCCAGAGCAUGGCCAGGAGUACCACACGAAUGACCUCCCUCAAGAGCACCAACCAUUCCCUGGCUACUUUCAGCCUUAUCAAUGGCAACCAUGUCUGCCACGAAGGCUAUGUCUAAAGGGCACAGUCAGAGAUGGCAGCAUCAUGUACUUAGCAUUAGCUGCUUGGUUUUGCCCUGUGGUCAUGGUGAGUAGCAGACACAUGCACGCAUGCACACACACAUGCACACAUGCAUACAAGGAAGUCUGAUGUGUGCAGACUUGAAGAGGAGCUUGAAGCAUCCAACAUUUCAUCCUGUGCUAAGGUUCAAACAUCCAACAUUUCAUCUUGGACUGUGGCAUCUCCAGAGCAGCAGAGCACUGAGCACCAGCCUACAGGAGCUCCCUGGGAAGUGCUGCGCUGCUUCAAGAAUGAGAGGAAAGUGAGCACCUUAAGAUCAAAUCUAGCUUGGUUCUUCAGGUUCUUCAUCACUUUCUGCUCUCCCAAACUCAGGCAGACUUACAGCAACAGUGACAAAAACCAUACCAGGUGUACGAAUUUUUCAGAAAAAUUUCAUCCAGAUGUUCAUGGUAUAAUAUUUUUUGACACCAAAAUAAAUACACUUAAAUAAGGUAAAUACUUUUAUGAAGGAGUUCACUGUAGGUCAUUUACAGACUUUUCAAGUAUUUAUUAAUGUUCUGAGUACAGUAUUAAUUCAUGGUAUAAAAGAUAUCAAGAGUUUACUGGGGCAUGUUGGUGGCCUCAUCUGAAAUGAGCAGUAUAUUCCACCACAUCAAUGUGAAAGCAGUAACGUGAAUAAAUGUGAGUUGGAAUAUG